AUGGGAGGCCUCCAAUUUCCACCCGGUAUCGACGCAGACGAUAUGAUCGGGCAAGGGAAAAGCGGAAUAGCAGCCCUAGACGCCAAAACCAAGCAUGUCAUAAAAUUCCCAUACAACACAGACGAGAGAGGGGCCGAAUGCGCUCACGAGAAGGAGAUCUAUGAGCGCUUAGAGCGCUCACCCCUCCCACGACCAUCAUCCCUCUUAAAGUACUACGGCUCCACAGAGCACGGAAUCCUCCUGGAAUAUGCAAAGAACGGUACAUUGCGGAGAUAUUCAUACGGGUUUGAUUAUGGGAUCCCACCCCCUAUGAUUCUCCGCUUCGCGAAGCAAGCAGCGGAGGCAUUGCAGUUCAUUCACGACAAUGGGAUAGCUCAUGGUGAUGUUGAUUGUGUGAGCUUUUAUGUGGACGAGUUACUGGACCUGAAGGUCGGAGAUUUUACUCGAUCAACCGAUGCUACGCCACAGGCUGUGAAGAAGGAUAUCUCGGAUUUCGGCUCGGCUAUUUAUUAUCUGGUAACCAGUCAGUAUCCCUAUCCAGGGAUGACAGACAAGCAAAUCGAGGAGCGAUUUCAGGGGAAGGAGUUUCCGGAUCUCACGGAUGUGCAGUUGAAGGGAAUAAUUCAUCCGUGCUGGGCGGGUCAUUAUGCGAGCUUUGAGGAUGUUUUGGUGGAUGUGAAUGAGCAUAUUCGGCUUCUUUGA